UGGUAAGGGUGUUGAGGACGGAGGCGGCGAGGGUGACAGUAGCCAUCAUGUCCGUGAACACCUCGCACGCUGGCAAGGGCGUCCUCAUCUACGCUGGAGAAUGCAUAAUUUUGUUUUGUGAUAAUGUGACAAUGGAGUUUGGAGGAGCGCUUCCUCCAGAGAUGAAAGGAGCCAAAACAGGCCGUCUCUACCUGACAUCACAUCGCUUCAUAUUCAACAAUAAAGAUGCAAAGGAUCGUCUCCAGUCAUUUGCUGCGCCCUUCUUCUCACUAAAGGGGGUGGAGUUAGAGCAACCUGUAUUUGGUGCUAACUACAUCAAAGGGACAGUGACCUCGCAGCCCAAUGGUGGUUGGAACGGGCAAGCAAAGUUCAAGUUGACAUUUAAACAUGGUGGAGCAAUUGAGUUUGGCCAGGCAAUGCUGAAAGUGGCAUCAAUGGUAACCCGCAAUACUGAGGCCAGUUAUCGUGACGCACCUCCACCGUACACACCCCCAGCUGCCACUUGGGCGCAGGCUCCACCCCCUGCCUAUGCUCCUCCAGCAGGUGGCUACUACGGAUGGGUUCCACCUGUCAACACCUUCCCUGAACGCCCACCAGCUGAUGGUGUGUUCAUGUACGAGGCUCCUCCACCAUACCCUGGAAUAGGUGGCCAUCACGGCUACCCCACUGGCACUGGAGCCACUGGCCUCUCUGCUGCUGAUGCUAAGGCUCAAGAGGCAGCCCAGAGUGCUUACUAUGACCCCAGCAACCCUCAGUAUGCCUAUGUGCCCCCACCAGCAUAUUCCGAGGCACCACCUUCCUACGAUGCUGCUACCAAGAAAUCCCAAUGAAGGUAAGACUUCUCUUGAUUUAUCCUGAAGUAUAUCAACAUUUUCUGCUGACCACUUUACCCUGCAAGCUAUAUAACACCAUUUGUCUCGGAUUACCACCAAUGUGUAUGUAUUAAAGUUUGUCUUGAUACAAAAUUUUGUUUGGUGCCAGGUGUGUGUGCCUGAAGCACUGUGAACAGUAGAAGUGUGAUAAGAGUGCCAACAUUCAAGCGUGCGUGCGUGUGUGUGUGUGUGUGUGUGUGUGUGUGUGAGAGAGAGAGAGAGAGAAUGUGCAUGUAGGUGUUGUGGCUGUGAGAAUUUGGGAACUAUUUGUAUAUUAUGAGGAAUACAAGGAUAGAUUUAACAAAAGCCAUGACACUGAAGUCCAGAAAAAAUGUAUCUAGAAUUUAGCUUCUGAUCCUAAUAUAAGAAAUGUUACCUGGGCUUUGGUUUGUUUCUGACUUUUUAGCAUGUCAGUGAGAAACAGACUACAACACAAGUGCUUCAGGUUAUACUUACACCAUCCUUAAGAUUCAUAACACUAGAAAUAUACACUAUAACAACAAAUGCAUCUUUCACUAAGGUUUGUGUAUUCUCUUGGACAUGUACACGAGCAAGAUUGAACUUCCAUUUGUGUAUAAGUUAUGUUUAUAUAUUUUGAAGGGUCCCAGCAUGUUAAUGAACUUAUAAUACACUUCUGAGAAUAUUUUGUUCUUAGCUUAUUUUUGAGGACUGGGAUUGUGGCUAGGGAAGUUUUGGCAGUUACCUAGUGCCAAACAUUUUAAUCGUUAACACGAGAAAAUGUAUUAUUCUGGUAAAUUCACAUAUAGAGGAAAGAACUUCUGGUGGUGAUAAUUAAACUUUAAUGUAUAAAUACUUGACAGACAUCAGGGGUUGAUAUUUUAUAUUUUUCACUGAAAUUGCCAAGUUCAGUAUAAUGGUUUGGGUAAUGAUUAAUGCAAAUUUAUACUGGCUUCUAGAUAUUUAUUGUCCAUACAGGAAUUCAGUUGUAGUGUUACACAUUAUGCUACCUAUCACUGUUGGUUUGUCUUCGGGGCUCUUGUAUGAAGUGUGUUUAAGUAGACAUAAAAGCCAUUUCUAGUAAAUACUUCAUGCAGGCACUAUAAUUGUUCAUUUGCCAUAUACCUUGUAUCUGGCAAAUGGUAUAACCAACUCGUACCUUGUUGGUUAUUGGUAUCGGUUAUAUAAUUUAGGGUUCUUGCUUUUAAUAUCAAUUAUAAAAGGAAAUUUGUAUUUUAGACAUCUGAAAACCUUUGGUAAAUAUUAAACAUAUUGUAAAUUUAAGUAUAAAAGGAUUCAUGUAUUUAAUAGAAACAUAAAAUUAAUAAGGAUUUGUAGGAAGGCUGUUUUCUAUACUGUAAUUGUAAAGAUCUCAAUAACUGUGGGACUAAUGAAUAUUUAAUUCAUCAUUAAAUUGUACAUGUACAGGUGAACCUCGUGCCAAUUUGUGCUGAAAUAAAUGUCAAAAAAUAUUUUGCACAAGUUAGCUUCCUAGAGAUUAACAAUUACUGUACACUUAAAAUUUACAUUUCUUGCUUUUUAAGCAGAACCGUCCAAGUUGCCCUAGUAACCAAGGAUUGUCACAUUCUUUCUCAUAACUUUGUGGCAAAUUUUAGAAAUGCUAAGAAAUUUACUUGUUUGAAAGAUUACUUGGGUUGUUGUAUUGGUUGAAUUUUGUUGUGGCUAAGACGAAUAAUUGGGCUAUGUAGGGUAAAUGAGGAUAAGUUAUUUCUUUUUAUAUUUUGUAUCAAAACUAUCACAAAUGACUGUAUCUGACUGACACUCCUAACUGACUGUAUUUGUGAAUGCAUUAGAAAGUAUUAUUGAAAAGUAAAAUAAGCCAAAUUCCCUUUAUAAUUGGCCACUGCUUAAAAAGCAUGACUUAACAGUUAUGUACUGAACUUGGGAAUUUUGACUGAUAUUAAUGUUCAUACACCUAUUAACUGUGUGUAGUAAAGCAUUUUGGAUACAAUGAUAGCAUUAACCAGCUAUAACAGUUUCCUUCACUUGGGUACUGUUAAACAUUCCUAGGGUAAGGCCUAAUGCCAUGAUUUGGGUUAUGUUGAAUGCAUUACAUGUAUUUGAGCAAGGAAAUAAUGUAUCACACUCUCAGACAGUUGCGUUAUUAAUUCUAAUUUUAAUGUUUUCUGUAUUGCUAGGAAAGUAACCAAAAGUCAUUUUGCAAGUGGUUUUUAACCUGUCAUCUGUGGUAUUUACUUUCCUGUGGACAAACUUCCUCUUGGAACCGAGCUUGAGAACUUUUGUAUUUAUGGUACUUUUGCAUGCGGUAAAUGUGAUAUGUAUAAUAUUCUUGAAACGACAUUUUCUGCAAAUUACACUAGUUUGAAACUUUAAUGGCAGAUGUAUGACUUUCAAAGAAAAUCCUCGGUAAUCCGGCAACCAGGAGGCCUGGUCGACGACCGGGCCGCGGGGACGCUAAGCCCCGGAAGCACCUCAAGGUAACCCCACUCCACCAUCCCCCUCUUUUUCAAAGUUCAUACAAGUCUUUGGUUCUGCAGAAUCCAGGUUAAAAUUCCCACUUCACAUGAAAGCAGCAGCUAAUUAUAAGCAAGAUUAUGAUUUGUGUCUACUAAUAGCUUGUCAUCUUUAUGGGGUGAUUUUUAUUGUUCUGAGGAAAUCUUCAAACCUGCUUGAAUAUUAGUUCUUUCAUUUAUAUUUUAGUAGCUUCAAAUGUUUGCAUAAUUAGAUCCCAUUAUAUACAAUGGGUUUCCAUGUGAUAUAACAUCAGCAUUGUGAUAAGGUACCAAUGUAACAUGAACAUUUUAUUUUUGGUUCGUACUUUUGUGAAGGAACUAUUGUUUGUGAUGAAUGGUUGUAUUAACAUAUAUUAUCAUUGCUAUAUUUUCCCACUUCCAUAGGGUAGGGAAAUGUCAUACUUAAUUGGUGAACAAUGUUUAUGAAAGGUAAGGCAAAAUGUCAGCUUAGUAUCAAUAAAAGCAAUUUAGUGAACAUUAAAGUAAUUUUUUUUGUGGACUUUACUAAUGCCAGGUAUAAGUGGGAUCUGGCACAUUUGGUUGUAAAUCUAGUCAGUCUUGGUGCUUGAGGAACGUCGAGACCCAAUAGUAACUGGGUUUACGUCGGUCGGACAUGCAUGCAAGUAAUUUGAAUUUGUAAAGUAGCAAAGGUCCAUGUUCACAUGUACUGGGACUUGUCGUUGGUAACAAAGGCCAGUUCAUUUUGCUAUUCCAAUCUGAAAUUUAUAUAAUUUCAAAAUUUAUUGGGGUAAGUAGUGUCCCCAUUUUAUAGUUUUUCACCCAUCACCAUUUGAUUUUUGGUGAGCCCUCCUAGUACCUGGAGAAUCACCAGGUGAUGUGACCCAAUUGCAGACUUUUCAAAACUUUGUUGUGAUUCUACCAAACAUUCUUAUUUUUAUAUUGCCAAAGUUUUCUUUACUUCUCUGUAGAUGUAUAAUAUCCAAUUUUUGUUAAAAUGAAAUUGAUAUAUUUUAUGAUUAUAUAUAUAUAUAAAUAUAUUCAAUAAAUGUAA